GGUAGGGCGGCAGAGCCACCCUCAGAGCCCCGCGCCGGCCGCGGAGGGCACGCGCCCCGGGUCCCCGGGCCGCAGGCGCGGUAUGGAGGAUCAGAUGCAGCCGGCGGAGGAGGGGCCCAGCUUGCCCAAAAUCUACAAGCAGCGCAGCCCCUACAGCGUCCUCAAGACGUUUCCCAGCAAGCGGCCGCUGGCCAAGCGCUACGAGAGACCCACCCUGCUGGAGCUGCCUGCCGUGCGGCCGUCGCCUCUGCCGCCGCCCCCGCCGCCCUUCGCGCCGCUCGCCGCCGUGUCUAUCAGCAGCAGCGAGCCGCCGCCGUUCCCGACGCAGACUUCCUACCCGCCUGCGGCCGGCCGGGUUACCGCCGCCGCCGCCGCCUCGUCGUCGUCGCCGUCCUGCACGCCCGCCGCGCCCCCCAGCCACCUGAGGACUCCCGCCCCACCGCCCGCCUCCCCCGCCGCCUCGUCGUCGUCGUCCUUCGCCGCCGUCGUCAGGUACGGCCCGGGCCCGGCGGCCGGCGCAGGCAGCAGCGGCGCGGGUAGCGACGGCGCUUGCCUGGAGCUCAGCGCAGAAAGCCGUAUGAUUUUGGAUGCCUUUGCCCAGCAGUGCAGUCGUGUUCUUAGUCUCUUAAAUUGCGGAGGAAAACUUCUGGACUCCAACCAUUCACAAUCCAUGAUUUCUUGCGUAAAGCAGGAAGGUUCUGGUUAUAACGAAAGACAGGAACAGUGUCAUGUUGCAAAAGGGGUCCACAGUCAGACCUCAGACAACGUAGACAUAGAGAUGCAAUAUAUGCAAAGAAAACAACAAACUUCUGCCUUUUUAAGAGUAUUCACUGACUCUCUGCAAAAUUACCUACUCUCCGGGAGCUUCCCGACUCCAAACACCUCAUCAGUCAGUGAGUAUGGCCACCUGGCUGAUAUGGACCCUCUCUCAACCUCUCCAGUGCAUACACUAGGUGGCUGGACCUCCCCGGCAACAUCUGAGUCCCAUGGUCACCCAUCUUCCUCCACGUUACCAGAGGAGGAAGAAGAGGAGGAGGAGGAAGGCUACUGUCCUCGAUGCCAGGAGCUGGAGCAGGAGGUUAUUUCACUACAACAAGAAAAUGAAGAGCUCAGAAGAAAAUUGGAGAGCAUCCCAGUGCCCUGCCAGACCGUCCUGGAUUACCUGAAAACUGUGCUGCAAUACCACAACCAGCUUCUGCUGCCGCAACCUGCCGACCAGUCCACUGAGGGAAGCAAGCAGCUGUUGAACAACUAUCCUGUCUACAUAACAAGCAAACAGUGGGAUGAGGCUGUAAAUUCUUCCAAGAAAGAUGGGAGACGGCUCCUGCGAUACCUCAUCAGAUUUGUUUUCACAACCGAUGAGCUUAAGUACUCAUGCGGCCUUGGGAAAAGGAAAAGGUCAGUGCAGUCAGGAGAGACAGGUCCUGAAAGACGCCCUCUGGAUCCAGUUAAAGUCACAUGCCUCCGAGAAUUCAUUAGGAUGCACUGUACUUCCAACCCCGAUUGGUGGAUGCCCUCGGAGGAGCAGAUAAACAAAGUGUUCAGCGAUGCUGUGGGUCACGCCCGGCAGGGCCGGGCAGUGGGGACUUUUCUGCACAACGGUGGCUCAUUUUAUGAAGGGAUUGAUCACCAGGCUUCGCAGGAUGAGGUCUUCAAUAAGAGUUCACAGGAUGGAUCUGGAGAUUAGUGGACAGAAUCUUUCCACUGUAGCACCUGGUCUUUUAUUUUUUUUUUGAGUUCCAAUUGUAGAUGUCCUUUUACUGUCUCUUUAGAUUCCAAAGCAUGUUACUCUAUCAUACUUUGCACAUUCUCAGACUUAAAACUCUCUUGACCUACUGCCACAGUUCCCAAAUAGAAAUCCGCUUUAGGGUUGUUUCAGAAGUCUCUGGCACCUGCAACAGACUUUGGGCAUAGUCUACCACAAAGAAAAAGGUGCAUUUGAGGUAAAGCAAUUGCUGGCUAGAUGUUGAGGGUGUCUCCUGUCUCAACUCUUCAAGUAAGCCUGGCCUCCUGAGCAGAGCUGGUCUCCAAGGAAGGUUUGGUUAGUGUUCCUGCAUGUGGAGGGAAGUAAGACACAGAGUUGUUUUAAGGGACAAGGAACAUGGAUUUUCUUAUUUAGUUUGAGUAAGAUGUCUUUUGAUUUUCUAAAGACGUGAAUUCAGAGUUCUCAACAAAGACACAGGAUAAGUGACACCCUAAGCUUUGAUACAUUACAAAGCCUAUUGACAAGAAGCCAGAGAACAGAGGCCAUUUCUAUACAGUGGUUAAGUGGAAGUCAACUGCUUUUCUAUUAUUUACUGACAAAACUCAUUGUGUUGAUCAAAGAAUUAGUCUGUGAUUUGUGUCAGUCAAGAAACAUCCAAAGAUUCAAAACAAUUUUCAAAUGCUUGAUUUCCAAGGUCCCUAGAUCCACAGUUUCCAUAGCCUUAAAGCAUGCUUUGUUGACAAUAGUGCCAUGGUUGGUGGGUUGAACAGUGAGAAUUUCCAUUAGCUUGCUGCUUGGUACACUGAAGACCAAACAUGGUAUGACUGAUGGCAUUUACUGUGGAUCAGGGGUCUGGCAUUGUAGACACACAGUUUCAAGGCCAUUCUGACAACUAUGCAAUGGACUUGUCAGUGAUUUCUCCAGAAUAUGAAGGCCUUUCUGGGCUGAGUGGAUGUUAGAAUGUAUGCGUUGUCAUGGAUGGAAGUGUUUCAUCCAGCUGUGCCUCUCCUUUCCCCAACAUUCUUCUGCACUCUAAGCUCUAGCUAAGUUGCCGCUGUUGCACUUCUUUGCUUAAUUUGUGGAAUCCAUAUGGGAGAUUAGUGGUGACUUAGGCACCUUUUCUUAGCACAUGCUACAGAAGUGCUAGAAUUGUUAUUGCUGAGGAUUCAGAUUUAGAUGUGAAGAGAAACCCACUUUACUGAACUAGUCAAGAUUCUUGUGUUCUUUGAUGAACCAAGAGCAUUUUUUCUAAAUGGGCAGCAUUUUUGAAGAUGAUGGAUGUCACCUACAAAUAUAAUGAAGAGGUUUGGAAAUAAGAUAGAAAUUCAGGUCUGUUAGUAUCCAUUUAGAAAAGCAUUUGGGGGGCCAUUUUUUGAUUUUUUGACAAAGUAAAUUGCUCAUUCUUUAUAGUCAGUACU